UUUCAACACUCGUUACUAACUAAAAGUCUUCCACUCUUUGACGCCUCAAUCCCCAUCUCAGUCAGCAUGGUUUACCUGCCCUCCGUCGCUGCGGGCCUCGCUCUCGCCGCCUCAGCAGCAGCUCAAAAGCUCAACACCUGGCCCCAAUACAACCACGGCGGCUGGUACAACCAAACCGACGGCGACGUGACCACGUUCGGAUCCCCCGAGAUCACCCCGGGCGGCAGUGCAAGAUUCUCCUUCCUCUUCAACCGUGUCGACCCUCCUUACGCCGGCUUCUACGUCCAGUCAUCUGGCGACUACAUCACCGACUACACUGUAAUCGGCUACGGUUGGGGCAGGCCGGUGACCAAUGGCCGUGUCUGUGGGGCCAAGGGCAAUUUCACUUUCGUACCCCUGACCGGCCUCAACGGCGAGCCGCCCGUCAGUGGGGCCGAUACGCUGUUUCUCGAGGUCACGGCCGCCAAGAAUGGUGCAACCAAGGCCACUAUCAACGAAGUCUGGCCCGUUUGGGCUGGGGAUGAGAUCUUCUACCCGAACAACACCUCGCCGUGUCCGCCUGAGACUAAGAGGGUUAGACGUUCUGCUUGAAACGGACGGUGGUAGAGUACAACGAGGUUGGAUAUCUUGCCGUCACCGGGCUACAUUGAGGAAUGGGGAGGUAGUUGGCUGUGUGAGGGCUGGCGAGGCCAAUCCGACCCGAGCACCUUGAAGAAAUAGGCCUUUUAACCGUGUGGCUGGAUGACACCUAGUAUUCUAAUACACACAAUAUUCUUGGUUUCC